CCUUGUGUUCAUCAGAGUUUUAUGGCUGUCUAAGUUUAGAUGUUGGCUCAAACUCAGCCUCUCAAGUAGCAAGGCUUGUGGGUCAGCACAACCGCUCCACAUGGUGACAGAAACAGACAGAAACAGCACUCUCACAGUAAACUUUCAGAGGGAGACAAUCACGACGUUGAGAGCCAUGAGGGUACUUUGAUUCCAGAUACAACAUAAAAUGAAACAUCUCAACUAGCAGACAACACAACUGAGGAGAAGAACAGUCAGGACUUUUCAACCUUGCUAUUCCUCUUGCACACAUCAGUGUCACGACUGACAAUGAAAGAUGAGGCAGAGCUUAAGGACCUUUCCGGAUCUUCAGCGCAGCAGAUUCCACAUUUUCUGCAAGAUGUCGUGUUCCAUGGCAAAUUUGAGCUGCUGAAGACUCUUACCCCAGAGGAAAAUGGCCAUUGUCAACGUGGCCUCUACUUUCAAGAUGGUCAGCGGCACGUGGACUACGUUCUCACCUACGCUUUGAAGAAAUCGUCUCCGGGACGUUCCAUUCGCUACUCAACACAUUUGCUGACGGAAAACGCUGUUGCCCGCAGCCUGCGCCGUAGCCAUCAGCCCUCAUCUACUGAAAAAGGCUCGUUAUCGUCACAAACCUCAACGCUAUCCAAUGUGGAUCUACACUCUCCGGGAGAGCACUUUAGUGGCCAGGAGGAUCAAAAAAACUUCAGGAGAGAGGAGUUUGAAGGGAAACUUCGAGAUAUGGGCCUGGAACUGGAGAUUGAUGAGGACUCCAAGAUUCUAGGUGUGGGCUUUGUGAAAAUUCAUGCUCCUUGGAAUGUUCUUUGUCGAGAAGCAGAGUUCAUGAAGCUUAAGAUGCCCACCAAAAGGGUAUAUGAAGUCAAAAAGUCAAGCGGUGUUAUAGAGAAGCUUAAUUUACUCGUCAGUAAAGUUCUUGAGCCUCUUCAUCCUCAUGUUGAGGAGCGCCAACCAAAGAACAUCAAACACCUGUCACACACUUUCUCCAGGGAAAAGCAACACCUGUUUGACCUUUCAGACAAGGAUUCCUUUUUUGACAGUAAAACCAGGAGCUCAAUAGUUUAUGAAAUACUAAAGAGGACUAAAUGCAAGGCCAAAUACAACAUGGGUAUCACCAGUCUCCUCGGUAGUGGUGUCUAUACAGCUGCUUAUCCUCUCCAUGAUGGAGACAUUGAUGAAGAGAGUGCAGAGCAAAAUGACAGAAAGCUAUUGUAUGAGGAGUGGGCAAACUACAGUGUCUUCUACAAGUACCAGCCCAUUGGACUAGUGAGGAAAUACUUUGGAGAGAAGAUUGGACUGUACUUUGCCUGGUUGGGACUGUACACCCAGAUGCUGAUACCUGCUUCUCUGGUGGGAGUCAUAGUCUUUUUGUAUGGAUGUGCAACAGUCGAUGACAAUAUACCAAGCAUGGAGAUAUGCCACCAAAAAAACAACAUCACUAUGUGUCCUUUGUGUGAUAAAGUGUGCAGCUAUUGGAAGCUGAGUUCUGCUUGUGGAACUGCAAGAGCCAGUCACUUAUUCGACAACCCAGCUACCGUAUUCUUCUCUAUUUUCAUGGCUCUUUGGGCCGCCAUGUUCAUGGAGCAUUGGAAGAGGAGACAAAUGAGGCUAAAUUAUGAAUGGGACCUGACCGGGUUUGAAGAUGAGGAGGAAGCACUCAAGGACCACCCCAGGGCUGAAUAUGAAUUCCAAGUCAUGCAGAAGUCUUUAAGCAGAGAUCACAAAACACAAUACAAGAUGGAAAAAUUGACAUGUCGAGAUCGCCUUCCUGCUUACAUGACGAAUGUUGUCACAAUGUUGUCCAUGAUCGGUGUUACCUUUGCCAUUGUAUUUGGUGUCAUCCUGUACCGGAUCUCCACAAAAGCUGCUCUUCACAUGAGCUCCAAUCCAGUGACACGGAACCACGUUCAACUUACUGUCAAAACAACAGCAGCCAUUAUCAACCUUGUGGUCAUCCUUAUACUGGAUGAGGUGUAUGGAGCUGUGGCACGAUGGCUCACUGUUUUAGAGGUUCCAAAAACAGACAAGAAUUUUGAGGAGAGACUCAUAUUUAAGACCUUCAUUCUGAAAUUUGUCAAUGCUUUCACACCAAUCAUCUACAUUGCUUUCUUCAGGGGAAGGCUGGUCGGCCGACCAGGCAACUAUUUGUAUGUUUUUGAAUCCUACCGAAUGGAAGAGUGUACUCAUGGAGGCUGUCUGAUGGAGUUGUGUAUUCAGCUGAGUAUCACCAUGUUGGGAAAACAGCUGAUUCAGAACAACCUUUUUGAGAUUGGAAUACCAAAGCUAAAGAAGCUAAUUCGCUAUAUCCAGUCAAAGCAAGGCACUUUUCAAGAGGAAGAGAGGCAGAAGAAGUUGCAGAGAUAUGAAACUGACCAGUUUCUGGAGCCAUUUUCAGGAUUAACACCUGAAUAUAUGGAAAUGAGUGAGUACCACAAAUGAAAAUAUCAUUUUAUUGACACAUGUACACAAACGGUGUCGUGUCUCUCACUUCUCUUGAGUGAAUCAGUGUAUCUGUUUACUCAUGCAUUCAUAUGUCUUUUUACAAAAUAACCAAGAAUAAUUACCAACCAGCAAUAUAUCCAAAGGAUAUUUACAGACAAUGCCAUGUAAUA